AGGAUUUCGGGGGUGAAGGACUGCUCCCUGUAAGCAUCCAGAAUGCCGGUCAUAAACGUAGACGACCUGACGGACAAGGACAAGGCUUUAAUGGAAGUAAACCAACUAAAAAUUGAAGUCAAACUUGAGAGGUGGUUGACAUCUAAAUGCUGUGAGGAAAUCAAGGACUAUAUUCAGGCUGGAGUGGAUGAGGACACCCUCGUCAAAGGCAUUUCAGAGGAGAAGAACCCAUUCAAGGAGAAAGGUGGCUGUGUCGUCUGCUAGACUGGACCCAAGGAGCUUUUCAUAUCUAAGAUUAGCACCCAAUGACAUUCUCCCUCCCCUUAUCACAUGGAUUUGCAGACUGAGAAGACUAGAGAGACAUAAUAGAGAAAAAAUAUAUAAAACCUCAUGAGUUCCCGUGUAAACGAUUCCCCUUCUUCUGUACAGAUGUGUAGCCUGAUAAUCGUAUUCUUUAAAAAGACUAAAUAAAUAAAAGUUGUAUUUGGCAAAGGGUUAUGUAAUGCGUCUCUCUCAUGUGGUGUGUAGUCUGAGCAAAUGGGCCCAUGUGUUGUUUCAUACACUGAAGCAACUGACAUUAAAUGCUUGUUUAUAACU